AUGAGUUCUCACAGUGAUGAUAAUGAACACGUAAAACAUAAGAUAGGAACUUCAGAGAACACAAAAAAAAGUGUUCCUAGAAAAUCAAGUAAAGAAAAAGAAGAAAACCUAAAAUCAAAUGUAAUAAGAGAAAAUUUUGAAUAUAUGAAGGAAGAAGAGGAAGUUGGUUCUUAUGGAGAAGUAAAAGAAAAAGAAAGUUAUGAGGAAAAUAUUUAUGUCCAAGAAAAAGAAAGCAUUUAUGAAAAUUCAGACGAAGCAUUAGAAGAAAAAAAUAAAAAUAUAGAAGAAAAACAAAAAAAAAAUUAUGAGAAAGAACAGGAACAGGAACAGGAACAGGAACAGGAACAGGAACAGGAACAGGAACAGGAACAAGAACAAGAACAAGAACAAGAAACAAAAAAAGACAAUGGAAUUCUUGAUGAUCUUAAAAAAAAAGAGAGCACAAGUGAUACAAAAGUAAAUCAAAAAAGGCGACAAUUUUCUUUAAAAAAUUUAAACAUUGAAAAAAAUCUAAAAUAUAUCAAUUCAAGUACACAUGAUAAUAUUGAUAAACAAAUGUCGUCUAAUACAAAAUUAAAAGGAAAAAUAGAGGAAAAGAAAAGUUUAAGUAAAUCAAAUGAUACGGAAGAUAUAAGUGACAAUAAAAAAGAUGAAAUAUUUAUGAAGAAGAAUAAAAAGUUAAAAGAUAACCUAAAACCAGAUACACGCGAUAUUUUUUUUACUUCACAAGAAAAAGAUGUUUUUGAAUACAUACCAGACACUUCUAGUUAUUCUAUAUGCCAUAAUGAAUCAAAUGAAUUAUAUAAGGAUGUUGUAAAUAUAAAUAGACAUUUUUUAGAUGAAAUAAACACAAAUAUAUAUGCAUCCCCUUUAAAUACUUAUUUAUCCAAUAUGCUAACAUCAGAUAGUGCUGAACAAAGAAAAAAAGCAUCUUUAGAUAUGGAUUCUAAAAUAAUUAAAAAAGAUUCUUUAAAUGAUGAAAAAAAAAAUAUCUUUUUAGAUGAAACUUGCAAUGAAUCAAAAUAUUCUUAUGAAUUCUUUAAAAAUAAGAUUUUUAAAUAUUAUGACAAUGGGGUUAUAGUAGAAGUGAACCCUUCUAAAUUAAAAUAUAACAAUUCCAAUAAAUAUGAAUAUAAUCAAAAUAUGUCUAGUUAUUUAGAAGAUCCAUUAUCUUAUUUACAAAAAUUAAAAUGUGAAGUUGAAGAUAUUACAACAUAUAUUAAAGACAUUGAAAAAACAAAAGAAAUAGAUUCAGUAUAUAAAGACGAUAAAUUAAAUGAUGAAGAAUUAAUAGAAAAUGAAAGAAUUAUGAAACAAAUUUUACAUAAUAGAGAAAUACCGGAAAUAUUAAUGGAAUUAUUUUCUUUAAAAAACGAUAUCAACAGUAUCUUAAACGAUGAUAAAUUAACUAAACUUUUUAAAACAGAAAAGGUACCUGAAGAAAAAAAUUAUAUUGAUGAUACUAAAGAUAUCAGAAAUCUAUUAGACACAUUGAAAUAUUGGAAAAAAGAUAAUUUAAAAAAUAAAAAUGAACAUAAUAAAAGUGAUAUUGAUUCAUGUAAAGAAUUCGAUAUAUAUAGUGUAAAAAAUAUUAAAGAAAAAGAUGUAAAUGUAAAUGAUUUAUUAAUGUUAGAGAGAAAAAUUUCAGAUAUAGAAAAAGUUUUAGGUAUUGAAAAAAUGUCUAUGCUUCCAUAUGAUGAUCUGAACCAUGCAAUAUUAGAUUUAUAUAAUAAACUAAGUUUAUUAGAUUCUAAUAAAUUAGAAAAUGUAAAAAAAAAAGUACAAAAUCUUCAGUCAGAAUUUUUAAAUUUGAAAAAAUUUAAAAAAGAUGUAUUUAAUAUAUCAAAAGAAAGAGGAAAUUAUGAAGAAUCUAUUGAUGAAUUAUUUAAAAUUUUAGAUGUAUGGAAGAAAACACAUCAUAUAAUUCCCAAUGUUUUAACAAGACUUCAUCAGUUAAAGAAAAUACAUGACAAUGCACAAUCAUUUGCUUCAAGAUUGGAUGAUUUAGAAAAACAACAAAUAAAAUUAGAUGAUACAUUAAAUUUAGCAGAAAGAAAUAUUAAAUUAAUAAAUUGUAAAAUUGAUGAAAAUGUGAAUUUACUUCAAGACACGCUAAAAAAGUUUGAAUCAAAAAAUUCCAUUAAAAAUAAAAUUUAA